UUUUUCUUUUCUUUCUUUCUCUUUCCAAUCUCCUCAAUCUUUUUUUUUUUCCUCUACACAUGGCUAGCUAUCCUCAACCUACGCAGCCAGGAAACCAACCUCCACCUAAUAGGGGUCCUUCACCUUUUCAUCCACAACCACCUUUGCAACGUGGUCCAUCUCCUUUUGGUCAUUCUCCUUCUCCCGGACCUGGAUCUUCACCAUUAUUGACACCUCCUCAACUUGCAAGUCGUCCUUCUUCUCCAGCCUAUGCAACUGAUGUUUCCUCCAGAAAACAAAAAAGACACUAUCCACAACCUAUGCUAAAUGGUCAUAAUAAUAUGAGACCACCUAUUAAUCAACAACCAUAUCAACAACCUUAUCAACAAUCUGGUCAACCACAAUUCCAUCAACCAUAUCAACAACAACAACAACAACAACAACAACAAUUACCUCCUCCUCCUCCUCCUGUUAUUUCGACACCUCUUCCACAACAACCUGUCUACCCUACUACUACUACUACUACUACUGGACCUGGUGAUAAUACUCCUUACCCAAACAGUUAUCCAGACUUGUCAAAUGGUAUGACCCAUUUGUCUUUACAGUCAAAACCUCUCUCUGAACAAAUUGCUUUGGUGGGACAAUCUCCUCGUAUUCAAGACCUUGAUAGACCUAUGAAUCCAGUACCACCCAAUAUGACAGCCACGUCUUCUCCUCAUGCUCAAUGCCCAUCAACAAUGAAAAGAAGUACUUUGAAUGCAGUACCAUAUUCCAAUACCUUGUUGAAGAAGACCAAAUUACCUUUUGCUUUGGUAUUAGAACCUUACCUCAGUAGCUCUUUGGAUUCUACUCAUGUACCAUUGAUUGAAGAUACCAUUGUUAGUCGAUGUACUCGGUGCAAAACAUAUAUCAAUCCUUUUGUACAAUUUACUCAAGCUGCUUUCAAAUGGCAAUGUAAUAUGUGUGGACUUGAAAAUGAUGUGCCAUCGGAACUUGAUUGGGAUGUAGUUAAGCAACAGCAAGCAGAUCGCUGGCAACGUGCAGAAUUGAAUUAUGGAUGUGUAGAUUUUGUAGCUCCAGCCGAAUAUAUGAUGCGUCCACCUCAACCUCCAGUUUAUGUGUUUGUGAUCGAUACUAGUUUCCAAGCUGUUCAAACAGGUAUGGUCAGUGUAGCCGUAGAAGCUAUUUUACUAUCCUUGGAUUCAAUUCCCAAUGAAGACGGACGUGCUCAGGUGGCGUUUAUUACAGCUGACAAUGCCGUGGCUUUUUACAAAUUGGUGGGUGAAGAACCUGAAAUCUUAGUGGUGGGUGAUCUGACUGAUAUUUAUUUACCUCGAACUGCAAGCGAUUUGGUUGUGAAUUUGGCAGAAAGUCGAUCCUUAGUGGAAGAUUUAUUGAAUCGUAUGAAGACAAUGCAUCAACAAUCCACUUCUCCUGCGAAUUGUCUUGGUGCUGCUUUACAAGCUGCUCGAAAAUUGCUGUCUCCUACCGGUGGUAAAAUGGUUUGUUUUCAAGGAAGCAUUCCAACUGUUGGCGAAGGUGUUCUCAAGCUUACACCAUCGGAUCAAAAGUCGGUGAUGGAUGCUCCUUUAUUGACUCCCAAUAGUUCAUUUUACAAGACAUUUGCAGGGGAAUGUACCAAAUCUCAAGUAUGUGCUGAUAUGUUUAUAUUUGGUUCCCAAUUCUCAGAUGUGGCUACUCUAAAUGUGAUUCCUCGAUUUACUGGUGGUCAAACUCACUAUUUCCCUGGAUUUACAGCAGACAAUCAAGCAGACAGUGAAAAAUUGAAGCAAGAAGUGCCGGCGCUUUUAUCUGAAGAAAUUGGAUUGGAAGCUGUGAUGAAAACAAGAUGUUCAUCUGGUUUGAUUUGCAAGUCAUUCUAUGGCAAUUGUACUACCCGUGUUCCUGAUAUUAUGGCCCUUCCUAAUGUACCUCGUAGUCAAUCGUACUGUGUGGAAAUUGGCAUCGAAGAAGAAAUACAAUCAUCAGUGGUUUACUUCCAAACAGCCUUGUUAUAUACCACUUGUUUUGGUGAACGACGUAUUCGUGUUCUCAAUUUAUGUUUACCUGUCACCAAGGUUAUAUCUGAAGUAUUUAGUGGUGCCGAUCAGUUUACUAUUGCUCGAACAUUAUGUCACCAAGGAAUUGACAAGGCAGCUACCAACAAAUUACGUGAAGGUCGAGAAUUACUCUGGAAAUCAGCAGCUGAUAUUUGCGGGGCAUAUGGAAAAGAGGUGAUGGGAUCAUCUGCCGGUGCAAGUCAAUUGAUGAUGUGUCGUGAAAUAAGUUUAUUACCUUUAUUGAUUCUUUCUUUAUUGAAAACGGAAACAUUCAAUGAUGCUCCUACGAUACCAGUGGAUGUACGUACUCAAACCACAUUACUAUUACGAACUUUACCCAUGGCAUCUUGGUUGAAUUUUAUCCAUUCAAACUUUUACGCACUUCACUCUAUGCCCCCACAGGCUGGCACUAUUGAUCCACAAACAGAAAAGUGCAUUAUGCCAACCAAGAUGAACUUGACUAGUGAAAAACUUGAAUCUCAUGGUUGUUAUUUGAUUGAAAAUGGUCAACGACUUUUUAUUUGGAUUGGAAAAUCUGCUGUACCUCCUCUUUGUAUGGAUUUAUUGAACGUUCCUAAUAUCAAUGAAGUGAAAUCAGGCCAGAUAAAGCAACUACCAGUAUUGAAAUCAACGAUAUCUCAACGAGUAAAUACCAUCAUUCACCAUCUUCAAAAUAAAAGGAAAAGUACAUAUUAUCCUACAUUAUAUAUUGUUCGUGAAGAUGGCGAUCCAGUGUUACGCUCUUGGUUUUUAUCUUUAUUGGUGGAAGAUCGACAACCUACUGGUCCUAGUUCGGCUGGAGCUAAUCAACAACAAGCAAGCUCAGGUAUGAGUUACUUCCAAUGGCUAGGCUUCCUUCGAUCAAAAAUUCAAUGAUAUCCGUAGUAUAGUAAUAUUGAUAGGUAGUAAUAGUAGUUAUUUUUUUUUUUUUUUUUUUUGCACAUUGUUUUAUUUAUAGUUUGUAAAAUCUUACCUAUUACAUAUAAAAUGCAGGUUGAAUGACAGAUACAGUUUAGAUGCAACAAUAAAAAAAUUGAUGUCAUA